AUGUUGGAGGGAGGCGGACAGGUGACGGAUGUUGGAGGGAGGCGGACAGCUUCUUCCCUGAUCCCGCCCCCGCCUAUCAAUACGCAGCAACCCGGGGUGGCCACCAGCCUGCUGUACAGCGGAUCCAAGUUCCGGGGACACCAGAAGAGCAAAGGGAACUCGUACGAUGUGGAGGUGGUGCUGCAGCAUGUGGACAUGGAGAAUGCCUAUCUGUGUGGAUACUUGAAGAUAAAAGGCCUUACUGAGGAAUACCCAACCCUCACCACCUUCUUUGAAGGUGAAAUAAUUAGUAGAAAACACCCUUUUCUAACUAGAAAAUGGGACGCAGACGAAGAUGUGGAUCGGAAGCACUGGGGCAAGUUCCAGGCCUUCUAUCAGUACGCGAAAACCUUCAAUUCCGAUGACUUUGGUUUUGAUGAGUUGAAAGCUGGAGACUAUGUCUUCAUGAGAUGGAAGGAGCAGUUCUUGGUGCCCGAUCACACAAUCAAAGACAUCAGUGGCGCUUCCUUUGCUGGCUUCUAUUAUAUAUGCUUUCAGAAGUCUGCCGCAACGAUAGAAGGGUAUUACUACCAUCGGAGUUCCGAGUGGUACCAGUCUUUAAAUCUGACACACGUCCCUGAACACAGUGCGCCCAUCUACGAAUUCCGGUGACAAGAUGCAGAACACCAAAUAAACAUCCAGACCGGAGAUGGAGCGGAGCUGUCCGCUUCCGAAACCUGCUGCUCGCCACCUCUGUCCAAGCUAGAGACUCUGAGAAGAAUGUAUGAGUGUUAUAAGCAAUGACGCAUGAACUUGGUCUACUGGCGUCCACCUCCUAUACCUGCCGCAGUUUUUAUUUUAAUCUGCUGAAUUUCUUGUUUUUUAUGUGUCUCCCCCCCCCCCCAUCACCUCCUCCUUCCCGUCCUGUGCUUGAUAUGAUGCUCCUCUGUUAGCCCUAAGCUCAAACCAACAAAGGGACCUUUUCCUGCCGACGGAGAGGACACCGAAGCAAAUGUUGGGGAAGUUGUCGUUUGCUCCUCCAUCUUGCGAUUUAUCGCCACCUCGAGUCGUAACGGAUUGAGUGGCCAAGAACGUUUUUGCUUUUUCUAUUGACUUCCCAUGUUCUGUGUCAACUUUUAAAUUGCAAGAUGGGACAGACACUCCAUUUGUUGUAGAGGAUUUGAUUUCCCUCACCCCAUGAUUGUUCCUUUGCCCCGAAAUCCUUACCAGAGUCCUAUUUUUGGUUCCCUAUACCACCGAAAGAAGAAUCUACUCCAGACUGCAAUACAUUUAACCCGUUUUCACAUUGAAAAUGGCAAAUGUCAGAUUUUUUUAUAUCUAUAAAUAUAUAUUAUAAAUGCACAUAUAUUUAAUCAAAGAUCUAUAUCUAU